AUGGUGAAGCAGGUCACUCCUGCGCGAAGAGUUAUCACCAAGACUCUCCCAGCGCCUCGGGGCAAGGGGGCGGGCCGUGGGGCAUGGGUUUUCAUCCCCGAGAAUGCCAACCUGGCCGAUGUGCUGGCUUCCUCGGGCUUGGGCAGGCGGCAGCAAGGCUGGCAGAGUCAGAAGGGACAGAGCUGGCAGGGACAGCCUGGACAGCUCAAGAAGCCCUUGUCCAAGUUUGCGCAGAAGCUACGGGGGACUGACCCUUCGCUAAAGGUUUGGGUUGGAGGUCUUGCAGAGGGCACGACCUGGAAAGACGUCGAAAAGCACUUCGCAACCGUUUCAAAGCCUACUUGCACAGAUAUCAUGAAGGGUGGCACAGCAGUUGUGGCCUACGGGAGCGUCGAGGACGUCGAGACGGCCGUAGCUUCCUUGAACGGCUCAGAGCUGAAGGGCGGAGUCCUGGAGGUUGAUGUCUGGGUCCAGAAGCCCAAGACCGAGAGGGCCGAGAAGGAGAAGGCUAAGGCUUGGAAGGAUCCCAACGUUCCUAAGGAAGCGUGGAAGCAGCCUGCGGGGAAGCUCGUGAAAAAGUUGCCCCUACCCAAGCAGCGCGCGGCAGGAAAGGGCAAGGUUGCGAAGGGCACGGGCAAGGGCUCCGCUAAGGGCAAGGCUGGCAAGGGAGAUGACAAGAUGAAGGAGAAGCUGGCGGCUUUCUCCGCGACACAGAAAGUCUGGAUCGGAGGCUUGGCAGAGGGCACCGCAUGGAAAGAGCUGGAGGCCCACGUGGCGGUCAUCGCCAAGCCGAAGCUCACACAUAUUCACCGAUCCACGGGGAUCCUCGCGUUUGAACAGGAGGGCGACGUUCUCACUGUCAUUUCUUCACUAGACGGCAGCGAGCUGAAAGGCAACACGCUCCAGUUCGAUCACUGGACCAUGCCUGAGCGAAAGGGCAAGAAAGCCGAGGUCAAAACUGAAGAACAAGAAGAGCUGGAGUGA